AAUAUGAGAAUUUAAAAUUAAUAUAUUCAGGUUUCUCCUUCAGCUGUUUAAUCAUUUUCUCCUUCUAUUUUAACUCUUCUCCCAUUUUCCCAAAUUCCAGCUUUCCUCUCUCCAGUUUCAGUUAUAAUUACUCCUUUCCCAUUUUACUUUCCUAAAGCCCAUUCUCCUUCAUAUCUUUUACCGUUAUUCCAUGAAAAAACUCCUUGCCCAUGUUUUUUAUCAUCUAAAUAGUAUCCUUUGUAGCUUUUCCCAUCUAAGAAGAUAAAAAUCAACCAUAAGUCGCAACCAGAUUUGCACUUGAACGACUAAUUUGUUCUUCAAUAAGUCUUUACAACUACAGGUAUGAACUAUUAUUUGACUGGAACUGAAGUGUGGUAUACUGGUAAUGGAUUGAAUAAGAAAGCAACAAUAGUUUCAGUUAAUAACUCAGUCAAAGGGCAAGUAAUUAUCUAAUUAAAGGCUGAAAUUGCUUGGAGAUCAGUCACUAUCAAAGUUACCUCCACUUUAUCAACAACUUAAACAGGAGGAAGAAGACUUUUAACAGAAUAAAUUACCUAUGAUCCAGUAAGUGGACAAACAGAUACAAUAGAAUGCAUCAAGGCUGAAGGAUCAGAAAAAUGCCCAACAUGCGAUGAAGAAAAAGCUGCAAAUGGAUAUUCCAGCGAUGAAUGUGUCGAUGUAGAUAAUUCAUCAUCUAAUGGGUAUAUUUUAGCAGCAGGAUUAUUUGCCAUGUUUAUCAUGGUGUGAUUAUUUUUUAUGUAGAGGCAUUAUAAACAAACUAAUUAUUUUUUACAUCAUUUUUUGAAAAUAUUAAAUAUCCUAAAAAUUUUGAAAUUUACAUUAAUAUAGUAUAGAUUAUAAAUCGUUCAGAAAAUCUUCAAAUCAUUUACUGAUGAUCGGGAGAUUAUGCAAAA